ACGUAUAGGUCGAGUUUUUGUGUUACACAAAUACAAUCGGCAUACUGAUGGUGCGCUUUCACCCGCCCGUAUUCGGUCGUGUUUCCGGUAGAUAUUUUGCAACUUUCCAACGCAAAACGGGAAUAUACAGCAUUUUUGUAUUUUUUAAUGUUUCUUUUGAAAGCGAAAUCGCAUUGAGGUGGGUUCCAAAAUUCAUAAUUUAAUUUCGCUAGAACUCACCAUCCAACAACCUCCUGACGACAUAAAGUACAUAUAAAUUACAAUUAUUUUGAAAACAUUCCAGGUUACAGCGCAAAAAAUGGCAGAAUAUCGAUUUUUGGAACUACAAAUUCCGGAUGAUUAGCCUGUAAUGCUCUUGAACUAAAGUAGAAUAUCCUAUUUACUUAUUAACUCAUUAAUCACCAACAUCUGAGUAAUGAUUGUUUUCAUUGCGAAAUAAGAGAUAUUACACAGGUCUAGGGUGAUUUUGAUGUUUGAAAGCUGUUUGCUUAUUUGUAUCUUUUUGGGUCCCCCUUUUUACAAAAAACGCCAUAUUUUUGUUCUAACGCGUAAUUUUUUUUAUAGCGCUAUAACAAAUUUUAUUUUAUUAAUAUACAUACCUAUGACAUGAAUAUGUUUGUUCCAUGUUAGGCAUGAUUUUUAAAUGAAUUGAUUUUUAUGAAAUUAAAUGUGAUUUGACAACACUGGAUAAUAUUAGAUUUUUCUGCAAAGCAACAGAGUUGGCGCAGAAGUGUCAAUGCAGCGUUGUAACUUGCUUAUGCGCAGUUUGUUUGUAUUGGUAGUCGUGAUACUGUGUUCUCCGCUGUUAUCUUCAUUGUUGUGUUCUAAAAUGGAUAAAUAUGGAAAGAAGACUUUGUGUCAACAAUCCAAAUAACUUAUGUUAUAUCUGUAGUAGUUAUGUUGUAGUAAAUCAAAGGAAAACUAUAAAUUCUUUCGUGAAAAAUAUAUUCCAGCCUUAUUUUGUUGUAUUUGGCUUCCCAAAUUUUUUGUUUCGUUUGCGUUGAAGCAUUAAGAACCUGGAAAAAGGGUAGGAAAAACCGUCCAAGCCUUUGUGUUCCUAUGGCGUGUGAAAUCCCGACCGCCCAAAACGAACAUUCUCACUACAUCUGCUCAGACGACGGCGAAGUCAAAUGCCUACCCGGUUGGACCGGUGAUCUUUGCGACGUACCCAAGUGUCGACCUGGUUGCGAUCCGCUCCAAGGCUACUGCAACCGUCCUGGCGAGUGUCUCUGCAAGCUGGGCUAUUACGGCGAAAGAUGCGACAGAUGUAUACCAUUACCCGGAUGCCAACACGGCUACUGCAACACCAGCUUCGAGUGCAUCUGCCACGAGGGUUGGGAUGGACUGUUCUGCUCUGAACCGAUCUGCAGAGCCGAUUGUCACAUAACCAGGGGUUAUUGCGAAUCACCUGGAGAGUGCAGGUGUAGACUCGGUUGGGCGGGAAAAACUUGCAAGGAUUGCCAGGUACUACCCGGUUGCGUCCACGGGUAUUGCGAAAAACCACUCGAGUGCAAGUGCGUUCAGGGUUAUACCGGUAUACUCUGUCAAAUUCCGAUUUGCUCAAAAACGUGUCACAAGGAACGCGGGUACUGCCGCAAGCCGGGAGAAUGCAGAUGCAAGGUCGGCUGGUGGGGCAAGAACUGCGAGAAAUGCUUCCCUUACCCGGGAUGCGUCAACGGGUCCUGUAACAAACCGUGGGAGUGCAACUGCAAACCCGGCUGGGGCGGCAUGCUCUGCGACGAAGAACUAAACAGCUGCGAGAACCAAGUAGAUAUAUGCAAGAACGGGGCAAAAUGCAUUUCGGUAACCAAAGACGAAGGAGAAUAUAGGUGCAUGUGCCGCGAAGGAACCUACGGGAGAAAUUGUGAGUUUUCUGAGUACACCACCACCACGGCCACGACCACCUCCAAACAGACAAAGAUAACGCCGGUAAGGACUACGUCAGCGGCGGUAGCCGUCGUGACUGCAGUAGACCCAGAUGAUUCCACCGCAGCACCACCUCACGUGGUCGACAAUGAGACGUAGACUAACGUUGUUAUUCAUUUUAUUUAGUUAUUUACUUAUUAAUUUAUAUAUUUAGUAGACAAUAAAGUCUUUCGUAUUCAAAACAAUCCCAUUAAACCACAUUGUGCUAUAAUUGUGGUGGAGACAAAGUGGUUCUAACCUAUCACGUUGUUACCGCUCCUAGUUUUAGCUGUAGAAUAUCUUCAGUCAUCUUUAAUAAGGGAGUAAAACCCUAGAAAAAUAAAUAAAAAACUUUUAGA